AUGGCGUCAUCGAACCCGUUUCGCAAAUCUGUCUUGCAGCCCAAAGUCGCUGACUCGACUCUUCCUCCCCUCGAUCCGAUAGACACGACCCAGACGCACGACGCCCCGCCGCGUACCUCGUUUCGCGCCCCAGAACCCAGCGACGCAAACGACGAACCCCAGCCCGGGCGAAAGCAGAAGCCGGUGAAAAAGGUCAGAGUGUUGACGCCGCCACCGCUCUCACCCGACUCCCCAGAAUGGCCAGAGGUCGAGCCCAUGUACCGGACCGGGGCAGGCCUGGUGCCGCCGCCGGUCGACUACGACCCUUUUGGCGGCUCGGCGACGGAUGAGAGCGAUCGAGAUAGUACGGUAACACCGCCAUACCAAAGACCUGCGGUUGGCGGUUUCGCGGCUGCUCCUCCGGCUCCAGGAGGGCCUCCCGGCAAUCCGUUCACUCGCACAUUGCAGGAUAUGGAGGAUACGGCAAACAAGGAAGAGCUAGACCUGCAGCAAAGAGAAGAAGGCGAGGUCCUCAAGGCUGCCAAUGCUGACACGCCAGCGCUCAAUGUGGAUGCCUUCAAAAGGCUAUUAUUGACGGGCAAUUCUGGAUUACAAGGGAGCCAGCAAUCAGCUGACGACCAAGGGCUGGCGUCAGUCAACGCAGAAGCCAAUAAAAUAGUGGCUGCUCCCGAUAGCGCACCAGAGGAUAGCCAAGCCAAUAGCGACAAAGGUAGCCCUAAACAGGACCAACGCGUCGCCUCACCUUCAGCGUCUAACAAGGACAAGAAGCUUGUGCCUCCACCGCCACCAAGUUCUCGCCACGGCAAGACCAUCAAGGGCGAGCAGACCAAACCAACACAGUCAGAAUCGGAGCACCAACAUGUGCUACUGGAGACCAAACCCACACCACAUAUUCCAAGUGUCGAUGGUAUAGAAUCCGCUUCGGAUGAGGACUCAUCGACUGACUCACCCCCUCCCGAGGCAGCGACGCCGACCAGCGCCAAGAAGCCAGCACCAGCGCCACCCCCACGUCGUGGCCACGCGCGAUCAGACACGAGGUCCAAUCUGUCACCAUUGAAGCCCGCCGACGAUGAAUCCGAGUCUCGCUCCUCCCUGGACUCUACGCACCGACAAGAUGCUGGCGGCGGCGAGAAGCCUCGCGCCCAGAUUCCCGUGCCGCCCCCGCCGCGGAGACCGCACGUCGCGCCUAAGCAAAGCAACAGCACUGGACCGUCGCCAUCUGUAUCGUCGUCAUCGAUCCCGCAGCGCAACCAGGCAGAAACGUCUGCGGUCUCCCCCAACCCCACUUCCAAACUUGGCAAGUCACCAGCACCACCGCGGCCGCCGGCCAGAAAUCCGUCAUCGGCACGACGGCCGCUCGGUCCUGGCGGCGCCACCCUCGAAAGGAGGGACAGCAUGCCGCCGCCGCCGCCGCCGCCGCCUCCGCCACGGCACCGAGGUAGCAGCAGCCCAACGCGGAAAACCAGCGCUGACCGGCCAGACGUCGAUUCCAGCAAGGGAGCGGAUAUCCUGGCGGAUCUAGACGCGCUGCGACGCGAAGUCGAGGCGCUACGAGGCGGAAGGUGA